CAUCUUUUGUGUCUAUCGUUCGUGAUUGAUAAUUGGACCUCACCUCACCUCCAGCUUACUCUUUCUCACUGUCGUCGUAAUCGCGACCCUCAUCUCUGUCCGCUAUAUAAUCAGAUCUGGCUUUUGUCCAAAUUACGAUUCGUCAUUGCCAAAAGGUCUCUCCCCGAACAAGCAAUCCAAAAUGGUCAAAGUCAUCCUCGCCGGCGGAACUGGCCUUAUCGGCGGCGCUACUCUACAGCGUUUGAUUGACCACCCGGACGUCACCUCUAUCGUCGCCCUCUCUCGUCGUGAGCUGCCCAUCAAGAACGCCAAGGUCCAGACCGUCAUCGUCAAGGACUUCCUCAAGUAUGACGCCGAGGCUCUCGCGCAGCUCGAGGGCGCUAAGGCCGCGAUCUGGGCGCUUGGUAAACCCACCUCCGGAAAAGACGUCCACGAGGGCUUUACCCUCGCCGCCAUCGAGCAGAUCUCCACCGCGGUCGUCGCGAAGCAGGAGCCGACCUCGACUUUCAACUUCGUCUACACCAGCGGUUCGGCUGUCGAGCCCGACCAGAACAAGACAUUGUUCUUCAUCGGAGGCGUGAGGAAAAUGCGCGGUGCUCUCCAAACCAAGGUCGUCGACUACAAGCAGCCCGAAGCCGUCGGCGGCGGCCAAUGGAAAUCCUACGUCGUCCGCCCGGCUUUCGUCACCACCGGCGUGCCUUUCUGGGCCGCGAUUCCUGGCGCUGCGGCUCACAACACUCCCAAGGAGGAGCUGGCUGCGACCAUGGUCAAGCUGGCGCUCGAGGGCGCGGCGACGCAGGUUUUUGACAACGCCGAAAUCUGCCAGAUCGGCAAGGAGGCAUUGAAGACUAAGGCGUGAAGCGAAGUUUUGACUACGCAGGAAGGGUUUGGAUUUGAUAUGAUGCGAGACACCCGUGAGAUUUAGAUUGUUGACGAAUGCAGACCUCGAUUUUGCCCA